AUGUUAAAUGAGACAUCCAAAAUCCUGUUUUUACAUACCAUUAAGCAAGCUUUAAGAAGUGAAGUGAUGUCAUAUAAUAUGAAAUUCAAAUUACUGCUAUUUCUUAAUAGCAUUUUGCUGUUAAAUACGAUAAACUGUGAAGAGGAAAUUAAAGAAAGAGUCUUGAAUAGAAAUGAUUUCGAAGCUUUUCCGGUAAUUGAGAAGCAAAAUAUCCAAGAAUAUUCUCCAACAAAUAUCACUGCCGUCGACACAACUUUCGAAGAUGUUAUUGAUGAGAUCAUUGACUCAAGUCGACAGGGAAGAAAUAUUGAUGGGUUGGAUGAAGUUUAUGCUGAUCCAACAGUGAAGCAAGCUUUAUUAAAUGGCGAUGACACUCAAGCAAGAAAUCUUAUUCGUGACAAAUUAUGCAGUUUGGGAUUGAUGGAGUGCGAGAAGCGUGCCCCAGUUAGAUACAUUUACACUCAACCUCCACCUGGUGCUGUCUACAACUCGAGACCAGUGCAACGACCACCUCCAUCAGUGAAUGGAAUUUACGGACCACCAAGACCAGUACCAAUUCCCGGUAGUCAUCCUCAACAACCACCAAGAAAAGUCGGCUACGCUCCAUCACACUUGAAUCAAUUUCAAUCAUCCAAACCAAUCGGACCAAUUCGGGACAAAUACAGCACAGAUUUCUUCGAUGUCGAACAAUCUCCUUCAUCAAUUAAAUUCGGUUACACUGAUAAGCCAACAAUUGUCGUGAAUCAAGGGAAGAGAGAAGCUGCUGCAGGUUCACAAAACACUCACAUUCAUCAUCAUUAUGUGCAUACUGAUGGCAACGUUCCAGCAGUUGUUGAUGGAACGAAAACUGUUUUAGUUAACACGCCAAUUUCUGAAUAUGCAGCAGUCAAUCAUUUGUCAGGUUCUUAUCAAACCAGUGGAUUUGGAUCAUCAAGUGCUGGUAGCAAUGGAUUUUCUCCAAGCAACAACGGGUUUGAAUACAAAGGAGUUAAUUCAGGAAAUCAAGGAAUUUAUGGACAUUCAACAAAUGUCAAGCCAGUUAUUGAAACAAAUCCAAAUCAAUACGCAAGUGGUGGAAAUUACAAUCAAUAUCAUCAACAACAACAACAACAACAACAACAACAUCAGCAGCAACAACAUGGAUUAAUUAAUGAAGGCACAAAUGGAAUCUACAGUAAUGGUGGUGUCGGUUCAAGCUUCCAUUCAUCAGCUCCAGAUUAUUACAAGAAAGAGUUGAACAUCAAUGGCAAUCGGGGAAAUGGCUUAACAAGUUCAAACUUUUACAACUCCCAACAACAACAGCAACAAUAUUCGAACAAAUAUAAUAAAUAUAAUCAAGGUGAACAAUAUCAAGGAUUUGAAUCUGCACGACAGGAUCAAUAUGAAUGCGUUUGUACACCUUUCGAUCAAUGUGCUGCACAAGAUGUUGUAGGACGACGUGAUGAUUUAAUUCUUCCUUUGGAUCCACGAAAUCUACCAACUGAAAUCGAAGCUGAUAGUGAUAAUUCAACUGUCACAACAAGAGACGUUAGCGAAGCUGACAAGAAGGAAUCAUCCGAAGAAGUGAAGAAAAUUUCGAAACGUCAAGUCAACAAUGAUGUUGAAAGGGUUCAAGGCGAAGGCCGUAUCUUUGGUUUCGGUGGUCCACAAUAUGGCGGUGGUCAUUAUCCAGCUCCAGGUUUUGGUGGGAAGAAAAUUAUUCCUACACUUGGUGUAUCUUUUGGUCUGCCAUUUCCCACGCCACAACAUGAUUCCCAUCAUGGAAUCAUUGAUGAUUUGGACUUGAAUCCAUUGAAUCCCCUUCUUGGAUUCCGUCACAACAACGUAACUUCGGAAUUAUUCCCACCCAAUGAUAAUUUGAAUCUUCUUGAAAGCGCGAUUCUUAAACUUGAAGACUCUAUUCCAACUCAAGCACCAGGUGCUGCUAAAGGAAGUGCAAUGGUUUCAUUUCCAACAAGCAGACGACGACGUGAUACUGAUCAAGUUGUUCCUGCUUCUAUUGACAAAAAAGUAAGCUUGGAAACUGUUGAUGGGGGAGAAACAAAUGAUCAAGAAGGUCGUGCUUAUACUGCUGGAAAGAGACAAGCCUUUUAUCAACAACCGAAACAAUGUGGCCCACGUGCUGUUUGUUGUAGAAAAUCUUAUCGCGUACCACAACAAGCUUUACACAAUCCACAAUUCCAACAACAGCAACAACAACAUAAAUACAAUCGUUGUGGUGUCAGAAAUUCUCAAGGUAUCAAUGGAAGAAUCAAGAAUCCCGUUUACAUUGAUGGUGAUUCAGAGUUUGGUGAAUAUCCAUGGCAAGCUGCUAUUCUAAAGAAAGAUCCGAAAGAAUCAGUUUAUGUUUGUGGUGGAACUUUAAUUGACGCCAAUCACAUUAUUACAGCAGCACAUUGUGUGAAGACUUAUAGUGGAUUUGAUUUGCGUGUUAGAUUAGGAGAAUGGGAUGUCAAUCAUGAUGUUGAGUUCUAUCCUUAUGUUGAACGUGAUGUCAUCUCAGUUCAUGUUCAUCCUGAAUAUUACGCCGGUACACUCGAUAAUGAUUUGGCGAUUUUGAAACUCAGUCAACCAGUUGACUUCUCUGGAACACCUCACAUUAGCCCAGCAUGUUUACCUGAUAAAUUCACUGACUUUUCACGUCAACGUUGUUGGACAACUGGUUGGGGAAAAGACAAUUGGGAGUAUGGAAAAUACCAAAAUAUCUUGAAAGAAGUUGAUGUUCCUAUCAUCGAUCAAAACACAUGUCAGAAUCAAUUAAGACAAACUCGUUUGGGAUACAAUUAUGUGUUGAAUCCAGGUUUCAUCUGUGCGGGGGGAGAAGAAGGCAAGGAUGCAUGUAAAGGAGAUGGCGGUGGUCCACUUGUUUGUGAACGAAAUGGAGUAUGGCAAGUUGCUGGGAUUGUAUCAUGGGGUAUUGGAUGUGGAAAAGCUAAUGUACCUGGAGUCUACGUUCGUGUAGCACAUUACUUAGAUUGGAUUGCUCAAAUCACUCAGAGAUACUAAGAACAAAAGAAAGAAAAGAAAGUUCUUCUAAUUUAUGACAAAAUUCCAAAUCAUUUUAUUCUUAUUAAGAUUUUUAUGAAAAGUCAAAGUGAUCUUCAGACUUGUACAGAAAUGUUCAAGCCUGGAUGGCAGAGUAAUUGCAAAUGUUUGCAAAAUUGAAACUCAUGUGGUUAAUUUAAAUGCUAAUUUAUUUUUUUAGACAAUAAAAAUAAGGUUUUCUAAACACA